UAUCGCGAUCACCAGUUGCUAUUAAAAUUAUUUUUAUAUCUCGGUGUUAUGCCGAUUGUUCGUUCUGGACCUGGCAUUAUAUCAUUCAAAUGGAAAUCACCACAAAUGGCAUACGCUUUGAUUCUUUAUUUCUUUACUACUUCUUUAGUUCUAGCAGUCGGCUACGAGAGGCUUCGUAUUUUUCAAACAACCAAAAUAUUUGAUGACUACAUUUAUGCAAUUAUUUUUAUUAUAUUUUUGGUACCACAUUUUUGGAUACCAUUUGUUGGCUGGGGAGUUGCCAACGAGGUUGCAACAUACAAGACAAUGUGGGCUCAUUUUCAAGUAAGAUUUUAUCGAGUUGCUGGAGAAUCCUUGAUGUUUCCAAGACUUCGAAUUAUGAUUAUCAUAUUAUUUGUCGGAUGUGUUUCGUUGGCUGUGGUUAUUUUAUACAGUCUUAGCUGUCUGCUAGAUGGAUUCUUACUUUGGCAUACGAUAGCAUAUUUCCAUAUCAUUACCAUGAUCAAUAUGAACGCUGCUUUAUUGUAUAUUAACGCAAGAGCAGUUAAGGAAGCUUCUCAUAGCUUAUCAGCAUGUUUCAAAAAGGACACAACUUUUGAUUGCAAUCCCAAAGUUGUUUCAGAAUAUCGAGUUCUUUGGCUAAAUUUAAGCGAAAUUCUACAAGCUUUAGGUAAUGCUUAUGCCCGGACUUACACAACGUUUUGUCUUUUUCUAUCAAUCAAUAUAACAAUCGCAGCUUUUGGAGCUUUGUCAGAAAUUUUCGAUAGUGGAUUUUCACCCAAAGUUGUUGGAAUGUUGAUACUGACAAUUUAUUGUACAACUUUGCUUUUUAUAGUGUGUGAUUGUGCUGAGGCUGCUACUAAUGUUGUAGCUGAAGAAAUUCAACACACUUUGCUAACAUUGAAUCUAUCGAAAAUCGAAAUACAAACUCGCAGGGAAAUUGAUCAUUUUAUAUCAGCAAUUGAAAUUAAUCCACCUGUUAUUUGUAUGAAAGGUUUUGGUCAAAUUAAUAGACAACUUCUCACUUCGUUUAUUUAA